GCUUCGUCAGUGUUCACCUCGGGGAUUGUGUAUUGGAGAAAAGGCUCUCGUAAGACCGGGUUACGAAACCUCAUGGGGUGCCGAGAGAGUACUCAACUUCUGAGGUGACCAACAAUGGACGCUUCUAGAGAUACUUUGAUACAGGAAAGGACUGCCGAGAUGGAAAAUGAAUUGACGAAUGAAGAACAAGAGAGUGAGGAAGAGAAAGCACUGGUAAACGAUGUGGAGGAGGACGAGCAUGAACUGGAAGACGACGAUGAGGAAGACGACGAUGAGGAAGACGACGAUGAGGAAGAGGAGCAGGAUGAUGAGGAAGAGGAGGAAGAGGAAGAAGAAAAUGAGUUAGUGCUUGAUUUGAAGCUUGUUGGAGACUGCUUCACUCCAGGUGACGAUGGAGACGUGCCGCUGGCGCCCUACUUGAAGGGUUUCUUGGAGCUCAACAAAUUCAUCAAGAUGUUGGGGAAGUUGUACCAUUUUGUAGCGUAUGACGUCAAAGUGAAGACAGCGGUGGUGCAGAAGAAGAUGGCGAGGGAAAACGGCCAGCAUUACGUCAAUUUGAAAUCAAUGAUAAAGUACGAGAUGGAAAAUAGUCUUUUAGUACAGAAGUCCACGUCUGGCACCAAGGCAAUUCUUCUGCUUCACCGAGGAAUGGAGUUUACUUGUCAAUUCCUGAGGGAGAUGAUAAAAGAGGAAGAGGAACCAAAGCUGGGUGAGAUUGCUUCGAAAAUCUACUUGUCCACAACGGGGAGUUACCAAGCUACCUACCUGAGGGAACCCUUCUCCUGCGUUUUGAAGCUGUUACCUACCCGAGCUACCCUCAGGAACAGAGUCGCAAAAGGAAAGGAGGAGGCGGAAGAGAAGGUGAUGAGACUGUUAUUCGACGCCAUCAAGUCAAUAACAGAGACCUAUGACGCUGUUCAGAAGAUCUACAGUGAGAAUAAUCUUCUCGACAUGAGUACCUGGAGCCAAAUUCAAUCCAAGAAUUCAGGAGAUGGACCAUGAGGAAAAACUGGUAAACACUGAUACAGAUUGUGAAUAAAUGUAACGCGGAGAAAACAAGUGACCAAGAUGACAAGCUGAGAGAGAGAGAGAGAGAGAGAGAGAGAGAGAGAGAGAGAGAGAGAGAGAGAAUAAGUGUUGGGGAAAAGAAAAGAGAAAAAGAGGAAGGAAAAUGAAGAAUAUAAACGUGAAAAUAUAUGAUGAACCUGGUGAGGAACUUAAAGAUAACUGUGUUGACAAAUUCUUAUUGGACAACAUGUAUACUUAUAGCAAGAGGUGUUAUAACUAGGCUAAGGCUGAGUUUGGGUUAUCUCGACUAAUACAGUGAUUAUACGAAUUAUUUCUGUUGUUGAAAAACCGUAAACUUAUUACAAUAGUUAUAAGGUUGAGAUGAAUGAUAUGAUUGAUAUGCGAAGGUGUACUUGUAUCAUGUGUUUAUAUGUGAAUCGUCAGUGUAGCAAGCAAUGAAAUAUAAAGAAGUGCAUGUGUGUAUAGCGUACAUGAGUGAAUGUAUACUGUA